CCUCGCGGGGUGCACCCCUGAGCUCGCCAGCAGCCCGGGUUCUAGACGGCCGGACGUCUGAGCUGUACACUGGGGCCAAAAGGACGAGGGCACGAAGCUCCCGCCCCGCGAGGCCGGGCUUCGGCACCCCGGCGGAACAUCCCGCGCUCGCGGCGGUGCGCUCCACUCCUGUCCCAGCCGGGAGCCGAGAUGCCUCGCUCUGUGUCUGCCGGCGCCGGCGGGGGCUUCUAGGGCGCUCCCGGAGCCGCGUCCCCUGGCUGCUGGCACCGCGAGCUUCCUCCGGCCAGCCCAGGACGCUGCCGCUUCGACUCUGCCCGCGGUUCAGCUCACCAGGCUGCAGAGCUUCAGCUAAGUGGAGUUGGCCUCCCUGCCCACCUGUGGAAGAAGCUCGCGCUGACUGAUGCGCCGACUUUUUUCCCCUUUGGCCUCACCGGCGUCCCCUCCCACAGAAGCAGCAUCACCCAGUGAAUGUACAUUAGGCUGGUUUUUCCCCCCAGCUUCGGGCUUUGUUUGGGUUUGAUUGUGUUUGGCUCUUCGCUAAGCUGAUUUAUGCAGCAGAAUUCCCGUCGGCUGGAGAGAAACAAAAGCUCUUUUCUUUGUCCCAGAGCGGGCUGCGGAGCCCCGCUCGCGUCGCCAACCCGAGCCAUUGGCCAUCGGAGGAAGUGCUUCAGGCGGAGGUUUCGGGACCAGCCGUGCGGAGCUGGGAGGGCCGCGGGGGCCCUGAGAUGCCGAGCGGCGCCCAGGCCAGCGUACCUGCACCGCUCGCUCCGAGCCGCGGGGCCCGCCUGCCCGGCCUGCUGGAAACGUCUUAGCGACAUUUGGUCCGUGGGCCCCAAGGUGCGCCGCGGAGGCGCGAGCGCGCAUCCAGAUAGCAGCCAGGCGGCAGGCGCGGUGCGGGCUGCUCUGCAUUAUGUGCUGCUCGGCCCUGGCUUUUUUUACUGCCGCAUUUGUCUGCCUGCAAAACUGCCGGCCAGGUCCUGCCCCGUUCCUCCGGGCGGCCUGGGUGUUUGCAGUUGGUCUUGGACUGGGCCAGAGUGAAAACAGCAGAUGUGCAUCUUCCAAUGCAGUAUCCUGCACCAGGUGCCUUGCGCUGGGUCCAGAAUGUGGAUGGUGUGCUCAAGAGGAUUUCAUUUCAGGUGGAUCAAGGAGUGAACGUUGUGAUACUGUUUCCAAUUUAAUAAGUAAAGGAUGCUCGAUUGAGUCAAUAGAAUACCCGUCUGUGCAUGUAAUACCAGUUGAAAAUGAAAUUAAUACCCAGGUGACACCAGGAGACGUGUUGGUCCAGCUGCGUCCAGGAGCUCAUGCUAAUUUUAUGCUGAAAGUUCAUCCUCUGAAGAAAUAUCCUGUGGAUCUUUAUUAUCUGGUCGAUGUCUCAGCAUCAAUGCAUAAUAAUAUUGAAAAAUUAAAUUCUGUUGGGAAUGAUUUAUCUAAAAAAAUGGCAUUUUUCUCCCGUGACUUCCGUCUUGGAUUUGGCUCAUACGUUGAUAAAACAGUUUCACCAUACAUUAGCAUCCACCCAGAAAGGAUUCAUAAUCAAUGCAGUGACUACAAUUUAGACUGUAUGCCGCCUCAUGGGUACAUCCACGUGCUGUCUUUGACAGAGAACAUCACUGAGUUUGAAAAGGCAGUUCAUAGACAGAAGAUCUCUGGAAAUAUCGAUACACCUGAAGGAGGUUUUGAUGCUAUGCUUCAGGCAGCUGUCUGUGAGAGUCAUAUUGGAUGGCGAAAGGAAGCUAAAAGAUUGCUGCUGGUGAUGACAGACCAGACAUCUCAUCUUGCUCUUGAUAGCAAAUUGGCAGGCAUAGUGGUGCCAAACGAUGGAAACUGCCAUCUGAAAAACAACAUCUACGUCAGAUCAACAAGCAUGGAACAUCCCUCACUAGGCCAACUCUCAGAAAAGUUAAUAGACAACAACAUUAAUGUCAUCUUUGCAGUUCAAGGAAAACAGUUUCAUUGGUAUAAGGACCUUCUGCCCCUCUUGCCUGGUACCAUUGCUGGUGAAAUAGAAUCCAAAGCUGCAAACCUCAAUAAUUUGGUAGUAGAAGCCUAUCAGAAACUUAUUUCAGAAGUGAAAGUUCAAGUGGAAAACCAGGUGAAAGGCAUCCAUUUGAACAUCACUGCCAUCUGUCCAGAUGGGACCAGAAGGCCAGGCACAGAAGGAUGCGGAAACGUGACGAGCAAUGACGAAGUUUUUUUCAAUGUAACAGUUACAAUGAAAAAAUGUGAUGUCACAGGAGGAAAAAACUAUGCAAUAAUCAAACCUAUUGGUUUCAAUGAAACCACUAAAAUUCAUAUACACAGAAACUGCAGCUGUCAGUGUGAUAACAGCAGAGGACCUAAAAGAAAGUGUGUAGAUGAAACUUUUCUAGACUCCAAAUGUUUCCAGUGUGAUGAGAAUAAAUGUCAUUUUGAUGAAGAUCAAUUCCCUUCUGAGAGUUGCAAGUCACACAAGGAUCAACCUGUUUGCAGUGGUCGAGGAGUUUGUAUUUGUGGGAAAUGUUUGUGUCACAAAAUUAAGCUUGGAAAAGUAUAUGGAAAAUACUGUGAAAAGGAUGACUUUUCUUGUCCAUAUCACCAUGGAAGCCUGUGUGCUGGGCAUGGAGAGUGUGAAGCAGGCAGAUGCCAGUGCUUCAGUGGCUGGGAAGGAGAUAGGUGCCAGUGCCCAUCAACUUCAGCCCAGCACUGUAUCAAUUCUAAGGGGCAAGUGUGCAGUGGAAGAGGCACCUGUGUCUGCGGCAAGUGUGAGUGCACCGAUCCCAGGAGCAUCGGCCGCUUCUGUGAGCACUGCCCCACGUGUCACACAGCCUGCAAUGAAAACUGGAAUUGUGUGCAAUGCCUUCACCCCCACAAUCUGUCUCAAGCUAUACUUGAUCGGUGUAAAUCCUCAUGUGCUUUCGUGGAACAGCAUUAUAUGGACCAAACAUCAGAAUGCUUCUCUAGCCCAAGCUACUUGAGGAUAUUUUUCAUCAUUUUCAUAGUUACAUUCUUGAUUGGGCUGCUUAAAGUCCUUAUCAUUAGACAGGUGAUAUUACAAUGGAAUAGUAAUAAAAUAAAGUCCUCAGCAGAUUACAGGGUGUCGGCCUCAAAAAAGGACAAGUUGAUUCUGCAAAGUGUUUGCACAAGAGCAGUAACCUACCGACGUGAGAAGCCUGAAGAAAUAAAAAUGGAUAUCAGCAAAUUAAAUGCUCAUGAAACUUUCAGGUGCAACUUCUGAAAAGAUAAAAAGUACUGUAUGGAAACUGGAUUUUUAAUAAUUGCUCCUAAAAAUUAUAGUUGUAGAAGUCACAGGAGGAGACAACUUGUUCUAGAUCGUGCUAGUUGCUGGUUUUCGCUAGAAUGAAGACUGACAAGCAUCCUCAUCAUCAUGUGACUCACAUCGCUGCUGACUUUUUCAGAGAAAAAUGUGUCUUACUACUGUUUGAAACUAGUGUCAUUGUAGCACUUUACUGUAAUAUAUAACUUAUUUAGAUCAGCAUAGAAUGUAGAUCAUCUGAAGAGCACUGAUUACACUUUACAGGUACCUGCCAUUCCUACGCUUCCCAGAGAGACGCAAUGCUUUUGAGACAGUUUGAGCAUUGUGUCACUGCAAGGGUGCAGUAAUCCCUGCACUGAAGGUGCAAAUGAGAAAAAUAAUACGGCAGUUAUACUAAUGUUGCCAAACUCUUCAAAAUUUGGCAGCAAAUUGACAAGAACAGCUAGAUGAAUAAAUGGUUAGUGAUCCACUGAUUCAAGAGGUGAACAGAUAAAACCUUAUCUUGAGGGAUAUUGCGUUUGAAACUAGUUUUAUGCAUGUGUGUUUGUUUUCUUUUUACAAGAUGGAUACUAAUUCCAACAUUCUCUCCUCUUUGCCUCUAGAGUUUGGUUUUCUUUCUUACAGGAUAAGUUUAUAUAUGUCACAGAUGACUGGAUUAAAUAAGUGCUAAGUUACUACUGCCAUAAAAACUUAAUACAAUGUCACUUUAUUAGAAUACUGGUUUUAAAAGCUGAAUGUUUAAUAAGGGACACUGUAAAGUAACAUCACAAUUUGAACAGCUUCGUUGUUUGGAGAUGUGGAGUUUUAUAUCUUCUUCCCUGGUAAACUGGAUGGCCUGUUUCACCAUUUCAUUUGUCUAAUCAUCAGGUUAAAAUUCACAAGAUACUGAGAAACUCUUCCUCAAGCAAAGUGCCACACUUUUGACUGAGUUUUCUCAGAUAUUUACUCUAUUUAUUAGCAUUUUUCAAAUUAAAAGCUAUAGUAAAUUAUAUUAUUUUUGCCCUUCCAUGAAGCCUAUGGACAUUCUUUCCCUUUAUCACCUCAACCCCACUGGCCAGAAUUUUAAAGUAUGCAACUGGGGGAAGAUAGACAAUAUCUUAGAAAAAAGCUAAUUCAUCCUUUUAGUCAGUCAGAGAAUAAAGCCUCAGAAAGUUUUAAGUGAUUUCUCAAAAACUAUCCCAGUGAUUAAGCGGCAACAUUCGAAGACUUCUAUCUUCUUAUUGCCAGGCUAGUGUUCAUUGCACAAUAUAAUGCUACCUCUAGAGUCUUUAAAAUAUGUAAUUGGCAAGUGAUUUUAAAUGUGAUUUACUGAAGUCUUAAGUAUAUGAGCAUGAGAAUAUUGCAAAGCAAAGCAGAAAAGAGUCAUCCACACUGAACUGGCCGUGACUAGCUUCCAAUCUUCCCUGCUAAUCACCUUCGAAGAGCUAACUACAGGGGUGAAAUCCAUUCACGCCUUAGCCUGUAUGAACAGCACCCCCUAGAGCUGUGCAGUGUUCAACCAGAGAUUAAUACAGAGGCCAAUGGAGGCAUCUUCACAAUUACCAUAGCCCUACAGGCUUAGUCUGAUUUUACUGGCUAGAAGUCCAGUAAUCCUGUGUGCAGUACAGAGCUUUGCCUAUGACAACAAUGUCUUAUAAUUAACAUCCCAGAUUUUUGUCUUCCAGCACUUGGGUUAAUCAAAGUGCUAGAUAUUUGCAUUUCAAUGAAGACUAACCCUCCACCUCAUAUUCUAUCCUAAAGAACAUUUUAAAACAUAUAGUAAGUUGUUCUGGAGCCAACGAACACAGCAGUGCUCCAUUAGCCAUCCCCUAUAGCCAAGCAACUGUGACUCUAAGUUGAACUGUAUUUCCUUCCCCAAAUGAGAGGUUGGGGACAUUGACAUAAUUCAGUACUCUGACUCACUUGUGUAAGAUCCCCUUGACCACCAAGGACAAUGUAAAAAUCAUAUUUUGCAGUCUGCCUGUCACAUGUAGCAUCCUUUUUCAAAAGAAAAUAAAUGGAUACCUGACAGCCCCCCAAAAGGAAAAAGUGGGAAAAAUCCAUUUCUUAAAAUGCUGGCAAUUUAAAAAAAUGAACAUUACGAUGUUUGUAAACUAAUUUCCAUGUGGAAUGAACUAUCCAAAAGAGCAAAGUAAAAUGAAACCCUAAAAGUCCAGGGUUUAUAUUUUGACAUUCUCACUAGUUUGCACUAAUUUAUAAUGCACCAACGCUGUUAUCUUAGGAAGGGACAAACUUCCUGAUAGGCAGUUCAAUGCUAGAUGAUGACUGUAGUUAUUUUGGUGAUGUGCUUUCUUUCUUUCUUUCUUUCUUUCUUUCUUUCUUUCUUUCUUUCUUUCUUUCUUUCUUUCUUUCUUUUUCUUUCUUUCUUUCUUUCUUUCUUUCUUUCUCUUUCUUUCUUUUUUUUUUUUACUUAAAGAUCUAAUUCUUAAAGAUUUUAGAGCUUAUAUUUUACUUGAAUAAUUGGCAUGUUCCUGUUUAAUGGUUUGUGAGAAGAGAAUUAAUAUUUGACUAGUUAGAAUUAAUUAAAAGGUAAAGGAAAACAGGGUAUUCUUAGAUAAAAUAAUAUUUGUAAAUAGAGCAUAUUUUCAAUAUGACCAGAGGAGCCUUUUGAAAUUCACUGAUAUUAAACACAAGUAAUGAAAUUUUUAAUGGUUAACAAAGUUAAGAACUUGAACACUUUUGGUACGACAGCAUUUCUGUGCCCUAAAUGACUUACAUUUAAAUUACAUGUGCCAUGUAAUGACUUAGAAAUGUGCCAUACACUACAAUAUAACUGUAUGCAUUUUAUUUCUCUGGGGACAUCUUUACACUGCAGUGUUCAUGGAUUUAUAAGCAUUUGAUGUCUUUUCCAAUUCGUUAAUAUUUAUGAAGUCAUAGAUAUUCUCUGCAAGACUCAGAAAUUCACUAAAAACCUUAUUAAGUCCUAAGUUUUCAAAGUAGCAUUGGUUAAUAAAGAUUUAAAAAACUUAAGCUAAACAAAAUAGACUUUUUUCUACAGGCAAAUUUUUCAAAACUCAAAAUUAAAAUCAGUGUAUACAUCACUAAGGAAUAAAUUCCAGAUAUUUCUUAAUAUAUAUUUAAUCUCCAUUGAAGAUAUUAUUAUGUAUGACAACAGGUACCUAUGAAACACUGAAAUAGUUUUAUGAUGGACUAUGGAAAUUUUUCUCUAUAGAAUUAUAUUCCUCCAGGUACCUGGGAUAGCAACUCUGUGGCUUUUGCUCCCUUGCCUUACUCCUGUUUUUCUCCACUCCCUUUUCCUAAGGGAUUGCCCUAAAACUUCCAACUCAAUAAGCCUAAUUGUGAAAAGUAACCAAAUGCAAUGGUAAUGUUCCUCAUUUCCAAACAUCACUUAAUUUUAAAACUCACUUGAAUCUAUUCACCUGAACAAAGGAAGAUCCAUUAAAAACUAAGAAUUUUAAAUUAUCACAACUGUUAGAGAUUCAAUUUUAAAGGAUCUGAGACCUAUAUAUUUUAAUAAAAGUUUUGAGUGAAAUAUAGCUACUUGGGAGUUCAAGCAUGUGCAGAUUGUAUUCUGUUUUAGUUGCUCUUAACAUUUAAUUUAUGAUUGUCCUUAUCAAUAAAUAUUGACCUUAAGAACUCCAUUUCAUGCAACGCAAAUUGAAAUAUAUUACUUUUCAAGGAAAUAUAAAACUAGCUUUCAGAUCAUUUCCCUUCUCUUUAAUGAUUCCUCUAUGGAAAAUUUACUCUGGGUAAUUGAUUAUACAUAUUCAUAUUUCAUUGAUUCUGAGACAUCUACUCUUUCAGUAUAACAUCUCUGAAAUUGUGAUGUAUCUUGCAACUGUUGGCCUGUUAGAUGUAGUGUUGAAGGUUGUGAUUGAAUAAAUAGUACACUAAUUAAUUUAACUAAAUGUUCAUGGGUAUAGGGACAUUCCUUUCUUACAAAUAUUUGAAAAUUUAUUUAUGGUAACAUGAGCCAGUUUUCAGUACAAUUAGAUCACAUACAACUCAACAUGGAUCCUAACUGUAUGAUUAUGAGCUCACAUCCUGCAGACCUUUAUGUUAUAAAAGUUCUUUCUGCCUCCUGUUUAUGCCAAUGGUUAUGAUUUCUGCAAACCCUAGUUUAACUGACAAGAAUGAGUGGGUUUUUCCGGGUCUUGUUAACAAUUUUUUAUGCUUUCUAUUCCUUUGUAAAGAAUACUUCUAUAUUAUCAUCUCGCUGUUAAACAGAAUUAGGUGGAAGAAUAGUACAUGUAACCAUCAAUAAUUAGAUUUUGCGGCAUCUCAUAUGUGUUAUGUCAGUGACAGAAGAAAAAUAUGAUACAACAAAUCAGUGCUGUUGGGAAAAAAACAAAAACUUUCUCUUUGAGUCCUCUACUUUGUUAUUCUUCUUUAACAUUUCUGUUCUUUUGAGUGGCUUUUUUCUUUGGCUCUGAUAAAUUUACCUUCAAGCCCAUGUAAUGACUGUCAUAAAAGUGCAUAUUUAAAUUAUUUUAAUUAUAUGAAACAAUUGUUCAGCUAUUUGGGCAGCUGUUAAUAAAAUACCUGAGAGUAACAACA